AAAAUGACUUGCCUCCUCCUUCCUCCGAACUGAAUUUCAUGCAUAAUGCGCUAAAAACGACUUUAAUUUCGUAUUUAAGUUAUUGUUAACCUGCAGAACAGGCGGAUUAGCGGGGGCAGAGAGCGAAACGCGAUACACGAGCGCGGAGCGCGACCACGAGCGCGAAGCGCGAGAUCAAAGAAAUCGGCCGGAUUUAUUUCGUAUCGCGCUCCGCGCUCUUGUACCGCGUUUAGCUCUCUGCCCCGCUAGUCCGUCUGUUCUGCAAGCUAGGUUAUCGCAGAAAAUCAGAAACUGCUAUACAGGUCAACCCCUGUUAAACGGCCACCCUCUAGGAAAUGGAUCAUUGGCGGCUUAAAGGGGACUGGCCGCUUACUAGAGGUAAAAAACAGUACAAAAGCCUUCAUCAGGACUUUGAUUACUGGCCGCCUAAUAGGGGUGACCGUUUAAUCGGUGGCCGCUUAAUAGGGUUUUGACUGCAUUUUUCUUAUUUCUUAACCAACACUUAUAUCAUUUCUAAACUAUAGUCGAACCCCUAUUUAGCGGCCACCUUUUAAACGGCCACCCCUAUUAGGCGGCCAAAAAUCAAAGUCCCGAUGAAGGCUUUUAUAUUGUCUUUACGUCUAUCAAGCGGCCAGCCCCCUUUAAGCGGCCACUAUCCAUUUCCCAGAGGGUGGCCGUUUAAUAAGGGUUGAACUGUAAUGAGGGCCUUUUCUUAUUGAACCCUCUUCUAGCUGUCACGCGGCCAUCUCGGGGUUUGUUACACACUACAGUGAAAUGAAGGUAAAGGCCGUUUUUUUAACUGCACUGGCGCUGAGUUCAGUUGUAAUCGUUGGCAUCGUUGUUUAUAUCAAAGAAACCGUACAAGACGUGAUCAGAUUUAGUGAGAGCACUGACUUUUAUUCACCAAAUCAUUUUUUCGCCUACAACUCGAAGCUUCACGAUUAUACCGCACAAAGAAGAACAACUCAAAAGCCAUUUAUUUAUCUUACAGAAACCGACCAUUGUCUUCCUCGAAACUUGGCCUCUUCCUCCCAGAUUGGCGAUCCGGAGACCUGCAACUGUGAUGUAAUUGUGCUAAGUUUCCGAGCCAAGUGCAAAGAUAACAAUCAAUCACACAUCACUUAUUUGUUUGAUUCGAACACCCUCUUUGCAUCAGGACGAAAUGAGCUCUUUUUUGCCGCAUUGGAUAGAAGACCAGGCUAUCAUUAUUACAUAUUUAUAGACGACGACAUCACUCUCCGGUACAACGAGUUUACACCCGCCAACAUGACUAAGAUGUCGCCCUUCCGAGCUGUGGAAAAGUGGCUGCUAGAUUACGAGCCAGCAGUGGGUGUGUUGGAUUAUAAGGUUCAUCAUGGAGCAAGCAUUGUAUUAAACAGAAGGAGAGAUUUAUGUGGUAUAAGUGAACCAUCUCUCGUUCUCCCCACCGUGUUUUUCGACGCCAUCUUUAACGCUUUCCACCAUAAAGCUGUUGAACAUGUCCUUCCCUAUCCAACGAAAUAUGAACGUGGCUGUAUUUUUGCAAGUAACAGAGACACUAUGAUAGCUGUUGAAGUCAAAUUUGGCGGCCAAGCACUCCUCUUUGCCCCUGUCGCAGCUGGCAAUCCCAAACAUCGAGAGUAUGAUAGGUCUGAAAUAAACAUGACGGAAAUAUCACGUGAAUUUAUAGCGAGGAUUAAGCAAGAAGCGCCACCAAUGAUAAGAAAUCACGUUAUAUUCAAAAUGUUACAAGCAAGUCCAAAGCUUUAUCUAGAGACCAAGUCGCCUUCGUUUUGUGUGAAUGUAACUCGGCACCAGCCUAUUAUUCCAUACAGGCACUUGCUGAAUGAUGUUUGAUCCUUUCUGCUCUCACGUUUACACUUUUCUUUAUUCUUACUCCUAUUUUCUUUUUCUAUUAUUUUCUAAUUCUUAGGUUAGUUUUUCACGCACGUCAACGAGCGUGAAUUUCAAUGACUUAGCGUGCGUAAAAUAAGAUACUGGAGAAACCUAUAUUUCUUUAUAUUUAACAAUUAUUCCACGAGCGCGCGUUGGAUACGAAAUAAUAUUAAAAACUGAACCAUUGGAUAAUGCAAUUUGAAAGUUUUCAUUGCCUUGGCUAUCACGGGUUAUGAGCCAUUAGACCAUGCCCUAUGAAUAUGGUAAGC